UACAAAAUCUGCACAUCUCAAUCUCAAGACUGACUAGACUCGACUGACUCUCUGUCUGCUGAACAUUAAUCUACCAUUGCGAAGUAAAUUCUACUCAAGUCUCCUACUUGCCCAAUCUAAAACUCUUAAAAACUACAAAAGGUAUCACUCUGUAAAAUGGCUGCACCUGUCGAUACAUGUGUUGGACAUUCACUCAAUUAUAAUCAAGUGGAGAAACUGAACAAUAUUUUAUCUACACCUGUCGAGAUACAACCUCCCAACAACUUCCCCGCUCUGAGCAUAUCACCGGCUAGUUUGGUCAAGGUUGUGAGACAGCGCUUACUCAAAAAAAACAUUAAACUGAGAGACAUUCGACUAAAUGGCAGUGCUGCAAGUUUUUGCCUUAGUGAAGAUAGAGAAGACAUCCCUAAGAUUCAAUACAAUGACAUAGACCUGAUUUUCGGCGUCUCAAUAGACUGUGAAGAUGACUUUCAUGUUAUCAAAGAAGAAGUUUUGACAUCACUCCUGGAAUUUUUUCCGGAUAAAGUUACAAAAACAAACAUCAGCUGUCCACUGCUUGAAGAAACGUAUGUGAGAACUAUGGUGCUAGUAUCAAACAGCCAGAACCAAUGGUCGCUCAUUUCCCUCGGAGAUCAAUCGAAUAACAUCAGCAUCGAGCUCAAGUUUGUCCACAACAUCAAGAGAAGAUUCGAGUUUACCGUCGACUCAUUUCAGAUCAUCCUCGAUUCGUAUUUCAACUUUGACCAAUACACAGACCAAAGCCCGGUGGCCAUCUCCCAAUCAUUUUUCCCUUCAGUACAAGCAGUUUCUGUUUACCCCGAUUUCGAAGAGGCAAUGGAUCACUUGAACAAUCGACUUAUUCACACGGCUGCUCCAGAAGAGAUAAGAGGUGGUGGGCUUCUCAAGUACUGUAGCCUGCACGUCAACGGAUUUCAACCGGCCAACCGAGACACAAUGAAUCGUUUGGAACCGUACAUGUGCAGUCGAUUCUUUAUCGAUUUCCCGACCACAGCCAUUCAGUAUGAUAAGCUCUGGAAGUAUGUGCUCUUAAGAUUCCUGCAGAAAGGAGAGUUUAGGAGAUGUAUAGAGUUCCUCGACAUGCUCUAUAAUGUUGUGUCUUGUCAAGCCAAGUGCCUUAUGGGGAGCGAGCGUCAGAAAACCAUCUCCGUCAUCAUGUAUAUCCGAAGUAUGGUGUUUGUACCGAACAUUCCGUUCCUACCCCCUCAUGUACAUCCCGGCAUGAUCAGCCACUCCAACAAUUCCCGUGCAUCCUUCAACUCGAUGCCGCACAGACAGUCCAACUCUCCAAGAACUUCACCUCCCCCGACUACUGCUGGCUACUACCCUGUCCAGGCAAGUCAAGGCUACAGGAAAGCUGUCGGUGGACACUGGGAAAUCUCUCAACCUCUUACACAAGUGAGAUAAGUGUGUGUUGGUUGUACGAGGCGAAUAAUUACUCUCUGUUGAUUGGUUUUUCUGAGCACGUUAAUUUCAUGGCAACAAUUCCAAAACUGCAAAAAAUUGUCAUUCAGUUCAUUAAAUUAUCACUUCAUCUCUAAUGCACUUAUUUUUUUGUUUGUCUGAUUUCAUUUGCAAGGUGAUUUUUACUUUUUAAUUGUAUGAGGCCUCCACUAGACUAUGUGUGUGUAUAUCUCAAGCACACAAAAAGUCAUCUAUUUAAUUAUCUACAUGCGUGUACAUGUACUACUGAGUCUUUACACAGUGGAGAUUUUAUUGCAGUCCCAAGUUUUAUAAUUUACACUGAAAUUGUAACUCACCUCUCACCUCACAGUGUCCACAAGUCCAUGCUUGUAUUGUACAUGUCUAUUAUCUGAUAACAAUCUAUUACCUGUCAUGCAAUUUGAAAAUUUGAAAAUUAAAAAUUUGUUUGAUGUUAA